AAUGUUUCGGUUCGGUUUGAAAUUUAAACACCAAAGUAAGAACUUGAAGAGCGACGAGGGAAAUUUUAAAAUAUUGGAAAAGCUGACACUUUUGAUUAAGAUAGAAAAAAGCAAUUUCCACGUGAAGAAUUACGUUUCGGUCUGACUAUUGAAAAUGAAGAGGAGGAUUCGAAGUUCUGAGCAGGAAUACUCAAUAGACUGUUGUGCACUUUGUAAACUCAAUGAAAAUUGUCCGGACAAAUAUGGCGAGAAGAUCACACUUAAGUCACAUGAACUCACUGUGCACUACUUUUGCCUGCUGAUGUCAAGUGGAGUGUAUCAGCGUGGCGAGGAAAACGAAGGCAUCUAUGGCUUCUUGGUGGAUGAUAUUAAACAGGAGGUCAGCAGAUCCUACAGACUAAAGUGUGCAGUCUGCAAGAAGAACGGUGCCUCAGUUGGGUGCUACAUCAAAAGCUGCAGGAAAAUGGUCCAUUUUCCAUGUGGCAAACAACACCAAUUCAUCUUUCAAUUCACAGACCCAUUUCCCUCCUAUUGCAAGGAUCACAGUCCCACCCAGUCGCUGCCAGUCUCGUCCUGUGUCAGUGAGCCCCUGUCUUGCUCAGUGUGUCUGGAUCCCAUAGAGGCCGUUCUCUCCUACUCCGUCCUCAAGUGUCCUGCCUGCCAUUGCAGCUGGUUUCACAGAGACUGUGUGCAGAACCAGGCUCACAGUGCUGCCAUGUUCUUCUUCAGAUGCACUCUGUGCAACAACAAGGACAUGUUCCAGCAGGAGAUGCUCCGGAUGGGAAUCCACAUACCAGAGAGAGAUGCAGCCUGGGAGCUGGAAGAAAAUGCCUAUGGAGAGUUACUGCAGGUGUACCAACACUGUGAUGCCAACAAAUGUCUCUCCCGCAGUGGUCGGACAAACUCUUCACGCACUGGAUGGUUUCAAAUAUUGCGUUGCAUGCUCUGUGGCUCAAGAGGUACACACCGAAAGUGUGCUUCCCUCAACGCUUUUGAGACUGACUGGGCUUGUGAGGACUGUGCAGCAGCUGUGGAUGCAACAGCUUCACUACCCAGACACACUGACUCUCCACAGCCCGCUGGGCAGAGAAGAAGCAGGUCUUCUAAAAGGAGUCUUAUCCUGACCCCACGCCAAUCACCCAUAGUCUGUAAAAGGCCAUCGUUGUCGGGAAACUCUGCUAAAGAGAUCCUACAGGAGCUUGCCAGUCAGAUAUCACAGCACCACCCGUCCAUGCCAGUGGUGGUGAGUGGGAACAAGGUCCUGGAGGCUGCCAUGGAGCUAGUGAAGAGGAGCGACUUCAAGCCGUCCCAUGCCCUGGCGGUGAGAUUUACAAGCAGCAAGCACAUUCCCAGCUCUGGCAACACCCGACACUUCCUCAGCCUCCUGGUGCAGCAGCUGCAAAACACCAUCUUUGAAGGUCCCGAUGGUGCCAAGAACCUGACUCUCGACGCACAAGCUCUGAGGGAGGAUGUCUACUUUGAUGUAGGGUGUCUGCUGUCCCUGAGUCUGAUCCACGGGGGACCUCCUCUGGGCUUCUUCUCCAGGGCUCUAUACCAGCACCUGUUCAACUUCCCCAGGGAUACUCCUCUCACUGUGGAGGACAUGGGCAACACUGGAUUCACAGACAAAGUCAAGAAGAUUCAGGAAUCUAGAUCCUUGGAGGAAUUGAGAGAGGCAAUGCAGUCAGCUUCAGAAUACCUGGAAGUGGCUGGGUGCAUGAGACCAGUUGACAGCCUUUCUGACAAAGACACACUUGUUGAAGAUAUUGUGAGCUUCCACCUAAUCACAAGACUGCAGUUACCCUUCCAAAGGUUCUGUGAAGGUUUGAAAACCCUUGGUGUGUUUGACCAGGUCCAGAUGUUUCCGGGGGCCUUUGUUAGUCUGUUCUGUUCCUCUCCUGACAAGCUGACUGCUGAGACCAUGUCUGCCCUCUUCACUGUUAAGUUUUCAGAACAGGAAGAGACCACAGGGAAGGAGAGUGCUGUGGUCACCUUCUGGAGACACUACCUAGUGGAGUGUGAAGUCUCUGUUCACUGGUUUCAGUUGGCAGAUGUGCAACAUCGCUAGAGGACGUGCUCAUCUAUGCCACAUCCGCUGAUGUGGUGCCAGCCAUAGGGUUCAGCCCCAACCCCACCUUAUCCUUCCUCAACCCCCUGGACCCUGCCGGGGCCUUUCCCAAGAGCCAACCCAGCUCUAACCACCUGGUGCUGCCUGUGGUGCCAUCCUACCAAGUCUUUAAGAAGAAUAUGGAGUAUGCAGUGUGCCAGCUCACAGUGAUGCAGGCCAUUUGAUCACAGACCGUCUUGUUCUAUAUGAACACAGCUUUAACAGACUAUUACUGAACAUGAGGGAUGUGUUUCAUUCGGAUUUUGGACUUCAAUUUAAAAGGGCUCAACCUCAUAGACUUUUAUAGAAGAUUUGGGUAGGGUAUUUCCAUCAUGACAGAUAUGCAUUUUCUAUUAUAGGCUUCAGCUGUUGAAUUUCAGGAACAAUUUUACACUACUUUAAUAAUUCAGACGGAUCACGGUAGGUGCUACAUUUGUUUGAAUGGUAAUGUUUGUUGCUUCAUUUGGGAUUCUUAGAUUUAUUUUAUGUUGUACAUACUGAAGUGUGUAUCAAUGUUUUCUGUAAAGUUAAUUAUGCUACUGUUGAUGUUUUUGUGAUUGUUUUAGCUUCUUGUGUUGGCUUUGUAUUUUAUAUUUUUAGUAACUUUACUCAUGCCAAAUAAAAUGUUUGCAUGUUAUAUACUUAGGGGAAAAAUCUCAACCAUCACAGCAGUAUUCAGAAUGUAUUCGGGCAUGCUGAAUCCACUGAUAUGCACUUAUCAUUUUGCAGUCAUCUAUCCUAGUGAGGGUUUUGGAAACCUAUUUGAAUCAAGCAGACCAGUGAUGUGAGAUAUAUAUAUAUAUAUAUAUACACAAAGAAUCCCAGAGUAAAGUGGGGCUACUUGUCAUCGAAAGUUGUGGUAGCAACACCCACAGGUUCAUUAGAUGGGGAUAUUUAGGAGACUUAAAAAAAGUGGUAUCCAAUUGGUAGUUACAGUCUUGUCUUAUCGCAUAUGGACUCAGGAGAGGCAAAGGUCGAGAGCCGUGCGUCCUCCAAAACGCACCCGACUGCAGUGUGCAAUUCAGGGCCAGGCUCAAUGUGGGCAGUCAAAUGUUUGACCCCACCCACUUUUUUUUGUCUGAGGUUUGACAGUCACACACGUUGAAUACAAACGUAUGUCAUUUUUGAAGAUUGUAAGAAAUAUUAAAGUGGUACCAGCAGAUGUGUUAA